GCCUUGCCCAAGGUGGGGAAGUAUACUGUGGAUGUGGCCGCCUUCGAGGCCUUUGCAUUGCCUGCGUUGGAGCCUCCAAAGGAGGAGUUCCAGCUGCCAGAGAAUCCACGGCUCUACGAGGAUGAGGGUGCCUCGCAGAAGGUGGUGAGCCUUCUUUAUGAGCCGACGGAGGAUGAGGAAGGUGCCAACAGCCGAAUCCGCUUGGAGUUUGGGGAGGAACUCAACGUCCCACCUUCGACCCUACAGGAGAUCCCAGCUGGAUGGAAGCAUCCAGACCAGGAGGAUGAACCGGUGCCACGGCUGUGUGUGGUCGAUGAGGUUGGGAAGAUGGGCCUCAUGUCUGUGCAGUUCCCAAAGACACUGUCGAAGGUCUUGGACGCCGAAGUGGUCCUCGCCACCGGCGUGCAAACUGCCAAGGGUCAGCGUGACCCAGAAGCCAUCGAGGACAUCAAGAAGCGACCUGGAGUCCGUGUAGUCAAGCUCACCCGCAACAACCGGGAUGCACUGGUGGAUCAGACCUAUGCACAGCUGCGGGAGAGUCUCAGUUUGGGACCUCCAGGGACUGGAAAGCCUCGGGUCAGGACGAAGAAGAAGAAGGAGGAGGAGCGCAAAGCCCGGGAACGUGCAGAGCGUGAGGCACGAGAGCAGGAGGAACGGGAGCGUGAAGAGGCUGCAGAGCAGGAGAAGGUCGCGAGGAGAGAGAGGCAGAUGGCCAAAGAGAAAGCUCGCGCGGAGCGCUUGGCCAAGGAGCGUGCAGAGAGAGAGGUGGAAGCCGCCAAGGCACGUGCCGAGCGAAAGCGGCGCGCGGAAGCAAGGAAGAAGGCGCUUGAAGACGCCAAGAACGGCAUCGUUGUAGAGCAGGAGGAUGUCGAUGAUGUCGAUGAUGUCGAGGACUUCGGCGGAACAUCUUCCACGACCUCUCCUAUGCCUGUGGUGCACGCAGCCUCCUCACGACUGAAACCUCAACACGGACGCUGCCGGUUCUACACCAGGAGGAAGGCGGUCGCGCCCUCGUUGGAUUUGGUGGAUGACGCCAUUGAUGUCCUGGAGGAGGCACCACGGAAGAGGCGGAAGACCAAGGCUGUCCUGCAGGCAUCUCCAGAUUCUGCGGUCUCUGCUUCACCAGCUUCGCCUUCCCCGCAGGGUCCAGAUCCGCCCUCUCCCGACGGCGUCUCACGCGUGGUGCCUGUGGUGCCUGUGCUGGGCACGGCGGUGCCGGCGAAAGUUCAGCUCGUUGGGUGGCGGAUAGGUAUUGAAAGCUGUCCUUGGUUUUUGGCUAGAUGUCUAGAAUAG